UCAUCAGGUUCAUGGGAGGUCGGUUAAUUAGUGUUUUCUUAAUUGUCCAUCCAUGACUAUGGACGUCUUGAAAGUUUGUAUAAAUACGCUGAAUGUUAACAGUGAACAACACAACUCGUCUAGGAACACUACCAGAAGGUCUCAGAAGAACAAGCUAUCAAGGAUACCCUACAUCAAUCUCGACACCAUGGCUUCUCGAUUCUUCCUCAUCUGUCUCAUCGCCCUGAUGGUCGUAGGAAUGACCACGGCAUUCCCUUACGAGCUCGACGACGAUCAGGACGCUGAGGCCUUGAUGUUUCUCAAGAGAGAUCCAGUCAUGCAGGACCUGUUACUCGCUGAGAAAAGAGGGGCUAACAUGAAGAAGUUCAAGGCAUGUGAAACAGCUCCAGGUUGCCUUUGUUUCCGUCGUUCUGGUGAUGUCGCGUUCUGCCAAGGACAAGGCGGAGCGGAUGGAAUCUAAACAGCAAGACGAUUUGACACCUGUCUAAUACUACUACACCACGGGGUUAUUACGGAAAAGGUGUCAAUUAGUAUAUAUGCCACUUUGAAUUAGUACUCCAGAAAUAAAUGUAGUUAGAAAGUCAA